UUCAACUCUCACCACAAUGAGAGCAACCACCAUUGUGAUCUUGUGCUGUGCCGUGGCGUAUGCUGCCGCCCUACAAGGCGCAGAAGAUGAAGCCCUUGCGGCUAUGUGGAACUUAGAAAAACAAAUGAAAGAAACCGCAUACGACAAAUCCGAUUCUUACUCAGUCGAAAAUGGAACGACUUGGGAAAAAGAAACGACUCGAAAACAGUACCACAGAAAGGUUGCCAAGCCUAAUAUCUCAGGCGAAGACAAGAUCGUGAGGACCUUCGUCAUCGAGACUGAUGCUGACGGCCAAGAGACCAUCUAUGAAGAGGAUGUGGUGAUCCAUAAGGUGCCAGGUGGCGGAAGCACAUCUACCACCACUGGACGCCGCGCCAUUUCCGGUUUCGGAAGCUCCUCAACAAGUUCCAGCGCCGCAGCCAGUGCCGGCGCCGGCUCUGGCCCGCCAUAUGGUUCAGGAUCCUCAUCAGCUAAUGCUGCUGCAUCAGCUCAAUCAGGACCACAAGGACCAAGCGGAUAUCCAGGCUCAUAUGGACAAGGAUCGUCAGCCAAUGCUGCCGCUUCUGCCCAAGCAGGACAAGGCCCAGCCGGAUCACAAGGACCACUCGGACCACAACAAGGACCAGCCGGACAAGGACCACAAGGACCAGGAGCUUCAGCUAACGCUGCAGCCUCUGCCCAAUCAGGGCCAAACGGACCACAAGGAUCAGGAGCCUCAGCCAGCGCUGGCGCCUCUGCCCAAUCAGGAUCAAACGGACCAUACGGACCAUACGGACCACAAGGAUCAGGAGCCUCAGGCAGCGCUGGCGCCUCUUCCCAAUCAGGACAAAACGGACCAUACGGACCAUACGGACCACAAGGCCCAGCCGGACCACUCGGACCACAAGGAUCAGGAGCUUCAGCUAACGCUGCCGCCUCUGCCCAACAAGGACCAAACGGACCACAAGGAUCAGGAGCCUCAGGCAGCGCUGGCGCCUCUUCCCAAUCAGGAUCAAACGGACUAUACGGACCAUACGGACCACAAGGCCCAGCCGGACCACAAGGACCACUCGGACCACAAGGAUCAGGAGCUUCAGCUAACGCUGCCGCCUCUGCUCAAUCAGGACCAAACGGACCACAAGGACCAGGAGCUUCAGCUAACGCUGCUGCCUCUGCCCAAUCAGGACCAAAUGGACCAUACGGACCAUACGGACCACAAGGACCAGCAGGACCACAAGGACCAGCCGGACCAGGAGCUUCAGCUAACGCUGCCGCCUCUGCUCAAUCAGGACCAAACGGACCACAAGGAUCAGGAGCCUCAGGCAGCGCUGGCGCCUCUUCCCAAUCAGGACAAAACGGACCAUACGGACCAUACGGACCACAAGGCCCAGCCGGACCACUCGGACCACAAGGAUCAGGAGCUUCAGCUAACAAUGCCGCCUCUGCCCAACAAGGACCAAACGGACCACAAGGAUCAGGAGCCUCAGCCAGCGCUGGCGCCUCUUCCCAAUCAGGAUCAAACGGACCAUACGGACCAUACGGACCACAAGGAUCAGGAGCCUCAGCCAGCGCUGGCGCCUCUUCCCAAUCAGGACAAAACGGACCAUACGGACCAUACGGACCACAAGGCCCAGCCGGACCACUCGGACCACAAGGAUCAGGAGAUUCAGCUAACGCUGCCGCCUCUGCCCAACAAGGACCAAACGGACCACAAGGAUCAGGAGCCUCAGCCAGCGCUGGCGCCUUUUCCCAAUCAGGAUCAAACGGACUAUACGGACCAUACGGACCACAAGGCCCAGCCGGACCACAAGGACCACUCGGACCACAAGGACCAGGAGCUUCAGCUAACGCUGCCGCCUCUGCCCAAUCAGGACCAAACGGACCAUACGGACCAUACGGACCACAAGGCCCAGCCGGACCACUCGGACCACAAGGAUCAGGAGCUUCAGCUAACGCUGCCGCCUCUGCCCAACAAGGACCAAACGGGCCACAAGGAUCAGGAGCCUCAGCCAGAGCUGGCGCCUCUGCCCAAUCAGGACCAAACGGACCAUACGGACCAUACGGACCACAAGGAUCAGGAGCCUCAGCCAGCGCUGGCGCCUCUUCCCAAUCAGGACAAAACGGACCAUACGGACCACAAGGCCCAGCCGGACCACUCGGACCACAAAGAUCAGGAGCUUCAGCUAACGCUGCCGCCUCUGGCCAACAAGGACCAAACGGACCACAAGGAUCAGGAGCCUCAGCCAGCGCUGGCGCCUCUUCCCAAUCAGGAUCAAACGGACCAUACGGACCAUACGGACCACAAGGAUCAGGAGCCUCAGCCAGCGCUGGCCCCUCUUCCCAAUCAGGACAAAACGGACCAUACGGACCAUACGGACCACAAGGCCCAGCCGGAUCACUCGGACCACAAGGAUCAGGAGCUUCAGCUAACGCUGCCGCCUCUGGCCAACAAGUACCAAACGGACCACAAGGAUCAGGAGCCUCAGCCAGCGCUGGCGCCUCUUCCCAAUCAGGACAAAACGGACCAUACGGACCAUACGGACCACAAGGCCCAGCCGGACCACUCGGACCACAAGGAUCAGAAGCUUCAGCUAACGCUGCCGCCUCUGCCCAACAAGGACCAAACGGACCACAAGGAUCAGGAGCCUCAGCCAGCGCUGGCGCCUCUUCCCAAUCAGGAUCAAACGGACCAUACGGACCAUACGGACCACAAGGAUCAGGAGCCUCAGCCAGCGCUGGCGCCUCUUCCCAAUCAGGACAAAACGGACCACAAGGAUCAGGAGCUUCAGCUAACGCUGCCGCCUCUGCCCAAUCAGGACCAAACGGACUAUACGGACCACAAGGCCCAGCCGGACCACAAGGACCACUCGGACCACAAGGACCAGGAGCUUCAGCUAACGCUGCCGCCUCUGCCCAAUCAGGACCAAACGGACUAUACGGACCAUACGGACCACAAGGCCCAGCCGGACCACUCGGACCACAAGGAUCAGGAGCUUCAGCUAACGCUGCCGCCUCUGCCCAACAAGGACCAAACGGAUCACAAGGAUCAGGAGCCUCAGCCAGCGCUGGGGCCUCUGCCCAAUCAGGACCAAACGGACCAUACGGACCAUACGGACCACAAGGCCCAGCCGGACCACUCGGACCACAAGGAUCAGAAGCUUCAGCUAACGCUGCCGCCUCUGCCCAACAAGGACCAAACGGACCACAAGGAUCAGGAGCCUCAGCCAGCGCUGGCGCCUCUUCCCAAUCAGGAUCAAACGGACCAUACGGACCAUACGGACCACAAGGAUCAGGAGCCUCAGCCACCGCUGGCGCCUCUUCCCAAUCAGGACAAAACGGACCACAAGGAUCAGGAGCUUCAGCUAACGCUGCCGCCUCUGCCCAAUCAGGACCAAACGGACUAUACGGACCACAAGGCCCAGCCGGACCACAAGGACCACUCGGACCACAAGGACCAGGAGCUUCAGCUAACGCUGCCGCCUCUGCCCAAUCAGGACCAAACGGACUAUACGGACCAUACGGACCACAAGGCCCAGCCGGACCACUCGGACCACAAGGAUCAGGAGCUUCAGCUAACGCUGCCGCCUCUGCCCAACAAGGACCAAACGGAUCACAAGGAUCAGGAGCCUCAGCCAGCGCUGGGGCCUCUGCCCAAUCAGGACCAAACGGACCAUACGGACCAUACGGACCACAAGGCCCAGCCGGACCACUCGGACCACAAGGAUCAGAAGCUUCAGCUAACGCUGCCGCCUCUGCCCAACAAGGACCAAACGGACCACAAGGAUCAGGAGCCUCAGCCAGCGCUGGCGCCUCUUCCCAAUCAGGAUCAAACGGACCAUACGGCCCAUACGGACCACAAGGAUCAGGAGCUUCAGCUAACGCUGCCGCCUCUGCCCAACAAGGACCAAACGGGCCACAAGGAUCAGGAGCCUCAGCCAGAGCUGGCGCCUCUGCCCAAUCAGGACCAAACGGACCAUACGGACCAUACGGACCACAAGGAUCAGGAGCCUCAGCCAGCGCUGGCGCCUCUUCCCAAUCAGGACAAAACGGACCAUACGGACCACAAGGCCCAGCCGGACCACUCGGACCACAAGGAUCAGGAGCUUCAGCUAACGCUGCCGCCUCUGGCCAACAAGGACCAAACGGACCACAAGGACCAGGAGCCUCAGCCAGCGCUGGCGCCUCUUCCCAAUCAGGACAAAACGGACCAUACGGACCAUACGGACCACAAGGCCCAGCCGGACCACUCGGACCACAAGGAUCAGGAGCUUCAGCUAGCGCUGCCGCCUCUGGCCAACAAGUACCAAACGGACCACAAGGAUCAGGAGCCUCAGCCAGCGCUGGCGCCUCUUCCCAAUCAGGACAAAACGGACCAUACGGACCAUACGGACCACAAGGAUCAGGAGCCUCAGCCAGCGCUGGCGCCUCUUCCCAAUCAGGACAAAACGGACCACAAGGAUCAGGAGCUUCAGCUAACGCUGCCGCCUCUGCCCAAUCAGGACCAAACGGACUAUACGGACCACAAGGCCCAGCCGGACCACAAGGACCACUCGGACCACAAGGACCAGGAGCUUCAGCUAACGCUGCCGCCUCUGCCCAAUCAGGACCAAACGGACUAUACGGACCAUACGGACCACAAGGCCCAGCCGGACCACUCGGACCACAAGGAUCAGGAGCUUCAGCUAACACUGCCGCCUCUGCCCAACAAGGACCAAACGGAUCACAAGGAUCAGGAGCCUCAGCCAGCGCUGGGGCCUCUGCCCAAUCAGGACCAAACGGACCAUACGGACCAUACGGACCACAAGGCCCAGCCGGACCACUCGGACCACAAGGAUCAGAAGCUUCAGCUAACGCUGCCGCCUCUGCCCAACAAGGACCAAACGGACCACAAGGAUCAGGAGCCUCAGCCAGCGCUGGCGCCUCUUCCCAAUCAGGAUCAAACGGACCAUACGGACCAUACGGACCACAAGGAUCAGGAGCCUCAGCCAGCGCUGGCGCCUCUUCCCAAUCAGGACAAAACGGACUAUACGGACCACAAGGCCCAGCCGGACCACAAGGACCACUCGGACCACAAGGACCAGGAGCUUCAGCUAACGCUGCCGCCUCUGCCCAAUCAGGACCAAACGGACUAUACGGACCAUACGGACCACAAGGCCCAGCCGGACCACUCGGACCACAAGGAUCAGGAGCUUCAGCUAACGCUGCCGCCUCUGCCCAACAAGGACCAAACGGAUCACAAGGAUCAGGAGCCUCAGCCAGCGCUGGGGCCUCUGCCCAAUCAGGACCAAACGGACCAUACGGACCAUACGGACCACAAGGCCCAGCCGGACCACUCGGACCACAAGGAUCAGAAGCUUCAGCUAACGCUGCCGCCUCUGCCCAACAAGGACCAAACGGACCACAAGGAUCAGGAGCCUCAGCCAGCGCUGGCGCCUCUUCCCAAUCAGGAUCAAACGGACCAUACGGACCAUACGGACCACAAGGAUCAGGAGCCUCAGCCAGCGCUGGCGCCUCUUCCCAAUCAGGACAAAACGGACCACAAGGAUCAGGAGCUUCAGCUAACGCUGCCGCCUCUGCCCAAUCAGGACCAAACGGACUAUACGGACCACAAGGCCCAGCCGGACCACAAGGACCACUCGGACCACAAGGACCAGGAGCUUCAGCUAACGCUGCCGCCUCUGCCCAAUCAGGACCAAACGGACUAUACGGACCAUACGGACCACAAGGCCCAGCCGGACCACUCGGACCACAAGGAUCAGGAGCUUCAGCUAACGCUGCCGCCUCUGCCCAACAAGGACCAAACGGAUCACAAGGAUCAGGAGCCUCAGCCAGCGCUGGGGCCUCUGCCCAAUCAGGACCAAACGGACCAUACGGACCAUACGGACCACAAGGCCCAGCCGGACCACUCGGACCACAAGGAUCAGAAGCUUCAGCUAACGCUGCCGCCUCUGCCCAACAAGGACCAAACGGACCACAAGGAUCAGGAGCCUCAGCCAGCGCUGGCGCCUCUUCCCAAUCAGGAUCAAACGGACCAUACGGACCAUACGGACCACAAGGAUCAGGAGCCUCAGCCAGCGCUGGCGCCUCUUCCCAAUCAGGACAAAACGGACCACAAGGAUCAGGAGCUUCAGCUAACGCUGCCGCCUCUGCCCAAUCAGGACCAAACGGACUAUACGGACCAUACGGACCACAAGGCCCAGCCGGACCACUCGGACCACAAGGAUCAGGAGCUUCAGCUAACGCUGCCGCCUCUGCCCAACAAGGACCAAACGGAUCACAAGGAUCAGGAGCCUCAGCCAGCGCUGGGGCCUCUGCCCAAUCAGGACCAAACGGACCAUACGGACCAUACGGACCACAAGGAAGUCCAGUCAUCAUCAUCGAGGAAGUUCCAUCUUCUGCUAGCGCUACUGCCAACGCCAACGCUAACGCUGUUUCUUACGGAACAGUGGCUCCAUACGGAUCAUCAGCUAAUGCUGGUGCCUCCGCCGCCGCCGGAUCAGGAUACGGAUCAGGAUCAGGUUCCGGUCUGCCAUGGUUCGGAGGACGCAAGGUUUGCCGUCUUUCACGCAGACAAUUCGUCGUCAAGAUCGGCACCAGACGCCAACCAUGCCUUACUUGCUAGUUCUUUAAUUUCUAUUUCUAAUUUGUUUUCUGUGGAUACAUCUUUUUUUUCUCUUUUAUAUUAAUAAAAUUCUGGCAUCUCA